AGCUCACGCAGAACCAGUUCUCAGAUUUUUGAGUGCUGUUUUCAAUUCAGAUUGAUAGUGCGGGUUCAGUGGUCCCUUGUGGCAGUUGUCUGUAGUUCCAUAGAUACUUAAGAAUCAGCUGCUUCUUAGUUUUAGAUUAGAAAGUUUCGCCCUUUCUUCAAAAUGCGCGCUCACUACAUCCUUGUAGUGCUACUGGCAAUAGUCGCUGCGUAUCCUGCAAAGGUCGUUGAAAACCAAGCAAGAUUCGACAAUUAUAGGAUCUACCGGCUUCAUCUGGCAGAACAAAAGCAAGUUGAAGUAUUCCAGGAAGUCGAGCGCCGGAGCGAUAGCUAUCAGUUCUACGGUCAUCCUGAAAAGAUUGGACAAAAAGUCAACGUCCUUGUAGCAGCGCACAAAAUAGCUGAAAUCACUGAUCUUCUGGAGACUUAUGAAGUGGAACAUGAGAUUCUGACAUACAAUUUCCAGGAGAAGAUAGAUAAAGAGACGAGACAUAUCCUGUCAAGAGAUGCAUCCCCAGAUAAAUUCGACUGGGACCAUUUUUUUCAUUUAGAGACUAUGUAUGACUGGAUUGAACAAUUAGCCAAGGAUAAUGAUAAAGUAUCUGUUAUAACCCUCGGAAAGUCUCAUGAGGGAAGGGACAUCAAAGGCAUCAGGAUAGGAAACAAUCCUAAAAAGACGAGUGUCUUCCUCGAAAGUGGUAUUCAUGCACGAGAAUGGAUAGCGCCAUGUACUGCAACCUACAUCAUCAAUGAACUGAUAUCAUCCCAAAACGAAACCAUCAAAAAAUAUGCAGAGGAAUUCAAUUGGUUCAUCUUUCCGGUAUUCAACGUUGAUGGCUAUCUUUACACAUUCAACCAUGACCGUAUGUGGCGAAAGAAUCGAAAUCUUUUCGGGGUCUGCAGAGGUGUCGAUCUGAACAGGAACUACCCUUACCGUUGGAAUGAAACCGGCUCCAGUCCUGACCCUUGCAGAUAUGACUUCGCUGGCCCAGCAGCUGGUAGUGAAGAAGAAACAAAAAGCUUAAUGAAAUUCAUCAAGGACCACGUUCUGGUUGAUCGCAUCAAGACCUUCAUCUCACUCCAUUCGUAUUCGCAGUUGAUUAUGUUCCCUUAUGGAACCCCUGAGCAGGUUUCCAACUUUGAUGACUUGGAUGCUAUAGGAAAGAAAGCCGCCCAAACUAUUGAAGAGACUUCAGGUCAAAAGUAUAAAAGUGGAAGCAUUUACAAGACCAUCUAUCCGUCAAGUGGUUGCAGUCAGGAUUGGGCCAGAAAUGUAACAGAUAUUCCCAUUGCGUUCACUUUUGAGUUGCGGGGACCACCUAGUAGUCCAGAUUUGUUUAUUUUGCCUUACGAGCAGAUUAGGCCUACAGCAGAGGAGAUUUUCGCGGCAAUAAGGACGAUUUUAACGGAGGCUGACAAGUUGGGAUAUUAUAGUGAUUAGGGGCGUUAUUUUGGUGUUAUGUUACCGUUUUGUAAUAUAAAAUAUUCUUUUGAUGAA